CUGCUGCGCUCUGUGGCUGUGUAUUCUAAGAAAAUACUCAACCCCGGCUGGAAAUCUAAUGCGGUUGAUUCAGCAGACUCCUCCCCGCGAUGCCAUUUAUCCUAUUAAUAAUCACACCACUUGAGCUUCGCCUUAAAAGUGGGAGGGCUGCUCGAGCGCGCCAGAAAACCGCGAGGAGCUGUCUCCGUUACGCGUGGUGCUGAAAGUGCCACUCGCAGCAUCAUGUGGUCAGUCUUCUUUGUCUUUCUGUCUUAUCUGGACAGAAACUUCGUCAAGGGAGACUUUUUAAGCCGCGCUUUAGACGCAGAGAAGGAGAGCAAAGAGAUGUUCUCCAUGCUCAAUGGCACCUUUUGCGCUAAAAUGUCAACCGUGAGGGAGAAUUUCCUUUACCAAGUGUCAGACGGAGCCGAGGUGGUGCGCUCCGUCGUCAGCCCAGCCGGGAAGCUCGUGAAUUGCUCUGUAACAGUGAGUCAGAUGCAGGUGAAAGCGUUCAUGCACGAGUGCAGGUUAGGACUGAAAGAGCAGAGAGGCGGUCGGCAGCUGGAGACGCGUUUUACUCGCAUGGAUGUAGCCAAAGUUAUGUGCCAGGAGUUUAAAGACAGGUCGGAGCGCAGCGGCAGGAUAGAAAGGGGAAACAGCGAAGAUUCUGCGCUGCAGGACAAGGUUUUAAAAAGAUCCAAGAGAGGCUUCACUUAUCCUGGGACUCUUUGGUGUGGAGCUGGAAACAUGGCUGAUCAUUAUGACCAGCUGGGAGACUUUGCAGAGACCGACAGCUGCUGCCGCACGCACGACCACUGCCCUCAUGUCAUCCACGCCUUCUCUUCCAACUAUGGCCACACUAAUUUCAAGUGGCACUCCAUCUGUCAUUGUGACUGUGAUAAUGAGUUGAAAGAUUGUCUGAGGAAAGUAAACGACACAUCCUCCCGUGUUGUUGGUCAGGCGUUUUUUAACGUCAUCGGUGUGCCUUGCUUUGAUUUUGUCUAUCAAGAACAGUGUGCAGAGCGGCACUGGUAUGGCCUGUGUAAACGAUAUGAGAAGUUUCCCAUUGCUGUGAUGAGAGAGGCGGUCCCGUACGACUAUGGUGGUAUUGACGUCAUUGAUGAGCUGACGCCGGGUCCUCCCAGGGUGAAAGAUUUGCAGAAAAGCCAAAAAGGAGAGAAACCAGAGAGUACAACACAGUCUACAAUGUCCAGCCCUGAAGAGCCAUCGCUCAGAAACGUUGUCACUGCCGCUGAGGACUUCAUCAAGGUCCUCGCCACCGUCUCCACCUCUCAGAGCUCCACCACCGACUCUGACAAAAGCGAGACGCAAAGCUCAGAGAAGAAGAAGAGGAAGAACAAAGCCAAGAAGAAAACAAACAAAAAGCGAAAAGGAAAGGGGAGGAAAAGAAAGCAGAAAAUUGGAGAAGUAGCUGCAGUUUCGCCGUCUGGCAGCAAAGCAGAAGAAGUCGUCACUCUAAGUAACUUCAUCAGUGAUUCACACAAACGCGACCAGUCAGGUAGAGACACAAACAGAGUGGAUGACAGUGAGUAUAAGCUCGGAGGAAAAGAGGAGCCCUUUAAUGAAGUCAUGAAAGAUGAACCAGCGAUGGAUAAGGAGACCGUUUCCGUCACAUCACCUGUGACAGUCCAGAGGAAACCAGCGGAUGAAAUCACUCUUUCUACGAGCACAACUGUUAGAGCAAAUGCCACGAGGCUCAGAAAAGGGAGAAAGAAAAGCAAGAAACUCCCUCUUCCUUCUUCUGCAGACCUUGUAAUGCACACAACAGACAACUUAAGAGCCUUCUCUUUCCCCACCAUCAUUUCCAUAGCCCAAACGGCACAGCCCGAGCGACAAAGCUUUGCUGCCAGUACCCCCAUUGUAAUCCCCAAAGUCAAAAGGAACAGGUCAAAGGAGAGAGGGGACAGAGAGGGGAGGAAAAAAAGGAGGAAACUCAGCUCAGCUUCUCCCAUUGUGGCCGCUGCCCAUGAAAAUUCCUCCGCGGACAAUCUGAAAGUAAUCCCACCCACUGGGGCUCCCACAGUACCAUCGUUGCCCACCACAGAGCAGCAGGUUUCACACAGGGUGGACGUUUACGGAGGGAGGACGACUGUCCAAGUUACGGCUCUGAACUCCUCCUUUAGUGUUUUGAAAAAGCAAAAGUCGAAAGGACUAAAAAAUCGAAGGAGAAAAACAGUUUUCCCUUCUUCUUCAAGUCAAAGUCCUCCGAUUCUUCAAACUCCAGAGACAAGCAAUGCACUGGACAGUCCUGCAACCACUGCUGCACUCAGCAGGUCUACAGAAGAAACUCACAAUGAAUGGAGGCUUUCUACUACCAUCACGUUGGCCCCUUCUGUCAUCAUAAAACGACACAGAAAGACAAUCAAACAGCAGAGAAAACCAAGACAGAAAGCUGAGGCUGCUGCUUUAAGUGAUGUAGUUUCUGUCUCGAAACAAACUGAACAAACACUAAUGACUUUUACAACCACACCACCGAAAGCUGCCACCACUGAAGAGCCACAGAGAUCUGAAAAGCCUGAUGUGACCACUUCAGCAUCUCCCGUUAUGAGUCCAAUUCAGUUAUCUAUUGAGAGAGCAAAGGCACAAUUCACCCAGAAGAAGAGGAGGAAAGCAGCACGGUCAGGGAUGAACCGUGUGCUGCAACAGGAGAGCCGAACAGCCUAAAAAACACUUAUCUGGUUCCUGUUGCUCAGACAAA